AUCGUUGCCCUGGAUGCCGUGUGGAAUGUUGGUGUUGAGGCAACUUAGCAUUCCGCUGGCCCCUCCUUAACGCCCAAGGCAAUACGCCGCCGAACUUGUCAGAUCUCUAAAAAACUACUUUUCUGCUUUAACUUUUUUCACUUGCUUGUUCUUUCUGGCUUCCACAUACCUCGGGCCUUACUCGGAUCUCUCGACAAUCCAAGGCCUUAGCUUCCCUGAUUUUCCUAUUGGUUUCCCCCGAGGGACUACCGACUACGGGCUACCGACUACGGGCCGAGAUGGUUUCCACGCCGGAGGAAACUGCCCGCAAGAAAAAGAGAACCAUUGAGGAGUACGAGAACUCCGACUGCGCAUCCCCCACCAGUACCAAAACUAAAUGACAAGCAGCAUCUUCAAGUCGAGGCAAGUCGCCUUCCUCAUCGGGCCAAACAAGGUCGAGUUCAACGUGCACCAGUACGCCUUCACACGCCUGUCCGCGCCCCUCCGCGCCAUGCUCGCCGAUGACGCGAAGGAGUCCGUGGAGUUCGGGUGGAUCUGGGACGACGUCGAACCCUCGACGUUUACCAGCCUGCUGGAGUACGCGUACACCGACAACUACUCGGUCCCCCGUCUCCACAAGAAGAAGCCCGUCGCGACGGCUGCGGUGGUGCUGCCCAACCAGACCGACCAGGAAGAGGCCGUCGACGAGGAGGACCGGUGGUCCGUCAGCUCGAUCAUGACCUGGAUGAUGGACAACGACGACCGGUUCGGCGAUUGCACGCGGUUCGGCAAGUGGUGCUACGGUCGCAAGCACUUCGAAACGGACUUCCCCGGCCCGCAGCCGUACUGGCACGACGAGCUCCAGCGGAGCGACUGCACCGGCCUCGCCACCAUUUUCAUGCUGCACGUCAAGCUCUACGCCCUCGCGGACCGCUACCGCUUUAUCUCCCUCCGGGCCCUGUGCCUGCAGAGACUGCGCGAGAGCCUGGUCAACGUCGUUCUGCGGGCCGAGUUUUGCGAGGCGCUGGUCGAGAUGCUCGCCUUUGCAUACGCGAACACGCCGCCGGGCGAUGACCUCCGCAUGAUGCUCCUCAGGUACUGCAUCUUUCAGAUGAACCACCUCAAGCGCCACGGAUACCUGCACCAGCUGGUAUUGGAGAUGCCGCCGCAGUUUGCGGCGGAGCUGCUGCUCGAGGUUCCUCAGGGGUUCUGGGAAUCUGCGCUCUAGCGGGGGUCUGGAAGCGGACUAGAAAAGUGUGGAUCAUGGGGGAUGGUUGGGACAUUCUGGUACCUUUGCACAGGAUGGUCCAGCUCCGGUAGCUAUCGUGGACCAAAUCUGCCGGUAUUACAGCUUUUGGGGUACCAUGUUGGGUGGUUCGACUCAGUGUCGUUGACGAUGAAAGGACGUAGGUUGUGUGGAGGUUGUCAAAGGAAUUACAACUGCUGAGGGGAUUGUGUCUAACGGCCGCGCUAACAUAACUUUGCAUGUUCGGUCCCCAUUCGCGGGCAGGUUGUCUAUUAGGAAAUGAAUACGCUUUGGAUAGCCUUCUGUGUCGAUUGAAGAGUCCCUUCUCUCGGUUACUAUCAUGUUCCUCCUCAUCGAUACUAGUGUUUCUGUCAUGCAGGACCAGCGGGCAACUGUC